AUGCCUUUCGACCUAAUUAGUGGUAAAUUCAUUCCGGAGAAGUCCAACAUCUGGAGAGAUUGUGUGGAUGGUUUCUAUGACUGGGUGAAGCAGCACAUCGAGGAGGGUGCCCCCUUAAAUGAAUCAGACCAUUGUGGAGACCCUCCUCUCCUCUUGGCUGCCGGAAAUGGUCACAAGGCAUGUGUGCAGCUUCUGCUGGAUGAGGGCGCUGACAUUGAGCAGCGCAAUAUGGUGAAGUUCCUUGUCGAGCAACACGCUGAUGUGAAUGCUAUCGACUUGGGCGACAACACAGCGCUGCACUGGGCAGCCAUGCGCGGCCAUGUGGAGAUUGUGAAGCUGUUGCUGCAGAGCGGAGCAGACCGUUCCAUCCGCAACAAGCAGGACAAGCUGCCCGUGGACCUGUGCCAGCCAUGCUGGAGCAAUGCUUACCGCUACACACAGGAAGUGCUGGCAUCCUGA